CUCUGGACCAGUUUCUGCUCUACAAAGAUUUGGAGAAGGCUCUGUUAUCCAGUGAUCUUGAGUCACUGGGUAUGACCACUUAAACAGAACGAGUUGCCUGCCAGAGGAAACUAAUUACUAUUGGAUUUUAUAUGGUGAGAUACAUCUUUGUGAUGGAUUAUAUGUUCAAAUAUGCUCUUUUUCUACAAACUGUAGCAACAAACAGUACCCUGUGUAUGACAGAGAUGCUGACAGUGGAAAGAAAAUCGUCAACUGGCAAUAUCACAUUUAAAAACUGCUUUAAGAAAAUCUGUAGUUCACAUCAGUAAUCCACAGCUGGUAAAGCUUUGUAGUUCGUAAUAAAGGAUUCAGUGUGUUUUUACACAGUGUGUCUGCACUGAUAAUUUAGCACUGGAUUUUCAUACACUGAAAUCAUGGUAUGAUUAUCAGUAGGAAAAACAGAAUAUUAUCUAAAAACUGUGUCAAAAUGACCUCUGAGGAAAUGGCAGCUUCUGUACUUGUGUCUGUGGCACAGGGUAAAAUGAUACCUGCUCAGUCAGCUGGAGAUGAAAAUAGUGAAAAUGCUUUGGACACCAAUGUUAUAAAAAGACAUAUUGCUAAUCAAGGAAGGCAGACUACGCAUACUUUCUCGUACUUACACAGACUUAAAGAAGAACAUCUUCAGGGCUCGCUGCCCAAAAUUUUCUCUUUGGCAAAUGGAGAAGAAAUGACAGAUAACAGGAGUAAUGAAAACUUCUGGGAGAAAAACACAUGCAUGGAGUUUCUUAACAUGAAUUGCAACAUUAUAAAGAAAAAAUACAAGAGCAAUGUUCCGCAUAACAAGUUACAUAAAUCAUGUGAUUCUUUAGCAGAAGAACACACAUGCUUGGAAACUGGAAUUUCUACUUCACAGGAAAGGACCAUGUUUGCUGAAAUUCAGUUGAAGAUGGAUGGACCUUCAGUAGAGAUGAAGUCAAGAAACCAGUCAGUGGUAAAUAAAAGUGGCACCGAUGAUGUUGAUAAUGUAACAGUGUUUCACUUUCGCUAUGCUAGUGAAGGAAAUAUAUCAAAAGCUUUGUGCACACUACACAACAGCUUCAUUUUGGGUGAUUGUUUACAGCAUGUAAAUCUUGGUGAUGAUCACACCAGCGAUUCAACAGCCUGCACUUGUAAAUUAAUGGAAUUGACAAAUGAUUGUGACAAUAAAAAUGGACAACAGUUGUGUGAUAACUGUGACACUUUAAGGGACAAGUAUUUAUGUGUCGAAAGAGCAGCACGAAAAGUUAGAGUGGCGUGCUCAAGUCACAGCUUCUAUGGUGGUAAUUUUACUGGAAAAAUGCCCUCAAAGCCCUUUCUGAGUCAUUUUGAAGAUUGCAGUGAUAACUGUGAAGAAGGGAUGGAGGAGUUUUAUAGAAACAAAAAGGAACGUUCCACUUUACUAAUCAGACGUUUUUGUAAAAAUGAUAAGGAGGUUAAAAAAUCAGUUUAUACGGGAACCAGGGCAAUUGUUAGGACUUUACCUUCAGGGCAUAUUGGAGAUGUUGCUUGGGACUAUGUGGAGCAGAGGAGAAACAAGAGUGACUUAAAGCAUUGUAGGAUUAUCGCAAAACAUGUAACUAUUCAAGCCCUAAGUCAGAAAUUAAAUUCUGAUCUUGUGAAAUCGAUAUGGUGUGAGAUCUACAAUGCAGUGAAGGAGGAAGACGUGGCAGAAGAUACUUUUGAAUAUUCUCUCCAUCCUCUGAGAGAACUUCCAACACUAAAUGCAGAUUGCGGAUGCAAAAAUGUCUCUUUUGUAAAACCCUUUGUAGAAAGUGCUUGCUCUGAAUACCGUGCCACUUUACAAAGGACGUCACUCUCUAACUUUAUCACUGGUGCUCUACUAGAAGCAACUACAUCACUGGGAGCAAGAAAUGGUCUUCUAAACAUCUUUGGAGGGUCAACUGGAAGGACGAUGCUUAAAGAACGUCAACCGUGCACAUCUAUGGCUGGUUCAAAUGUGCUCCCCUCCAGUGUAGCUGGUAUCAGUAAAGAGCUGAUAGAACUUCAGCACCUCAUUCAGUUCCCAGAGGAGGUUGCUAGUAUUCUGACUGAACAGGAACAGGAUCUCUACCGAAAGAUCUUGCCCAUUGACUACCUCUGCUUCUUAACCAGGGAUUUGGGUAAUGCUGAAUGUCAGAGCAAACUUCCAUGCAUUAAAGCUUCCAUAUCUGCAACUAUUCUUUCUUCCCAAAAUGUUGUUGAAGAUCUCGUGACAAGAUUUAAUGAGGUGAGCUCUUGGGUUACGUGGUUGAUCCUUACUGCCGGUUCUAUGGAGGAGAAACGAGAAGUCUUCUCAUAUUUAGUACAUGUGGCAAAAUGCUGCUGGAACAUGGGAAACUACAAUGCUGUAAUGGAAUUCUUGGCAGGGCUUAGGUCUAGAAAAGUUUUAAAAAUGUGGCAGUUCAUGGAUCAAUCUGAUAUUGAAACCAUGCGAAGUCUGAAGGAUGCUAUGGCACAACAUGAAUCAUCCUCUGAAUAUCGGAAAGUGGUAAAUCGUGCUCUGAAUAUUCCAGGCUGUAAAGUAGUUCCUUUCUGUGGUGUAUUUUUAAAGGAGCUUUGUGACGUUUUGGAUGGAGCAGCAAGCCUCAUCAGACUUUGCCCACAGUAUAAUUCCCAGGAUGAAACAUUAGAGUUUGUUUCAGAUUACAGUGGGCAAGAUAAUUUCUUGCAACGAAUAGGCCAAGAUGGUUUAAAUAAUAUGGAAAAAGAAUCAACAGCAAACAGUAUCUUUCAAACCAUUCGGAGUUGUAACCGCAGUUUGGAAUCUGAAGAAGUUGAAGACAAUUUUAGUGAAGGAGGCAAUUCAAGAAAAAACUCUUUGAAGGAUAGAAACCGAUACCAGUUUAUAAUUGGAGAUCUCUCAGAUUCAGAAAAUGACAUAUCUGAGCAGUCAAAAGAGUGGGACACAAAUACAACUGAAGAGCAGCAAAAAGCAUACAGUCAUGGAAUAGAACUCAUUCCCUGGUAUGUGUUAUCAAUCAGAGCUGAUGUCCAUCAGUUCAUGCUACAAGGGGCAACUGUCAUACAUUAUGACCAGGAGAUGCAUCUCUCAGCACGCUGUUUUCUUCAGCUUCAACCUGACAAUAGUACUUUGACAUGGAUAAAACCCACCACAGCUUGCCCUGCAAAUACUAAAGUAAAACUAGGUGCGCUAGGUAGCACUGCUGAGCUUGGUAAAUUUCAGUUUCUUGGCAGUACUGGAUUGAAUGGACUGGUGGAAGGUUUCUUGGAUUUGUUUUCAGCAAAGGCUGUGUACAUGGGGCACUCUGGCAUUGAUAUGCACACUGUGUGUGUUCAAAAUAAACUGUGUAGUAUGUCCCUUGAAGAGAAUGGAGUAACUCUACUAUAUGGACUUCAAACUACUGAUAACAAGUUGCUGCACUUUGUGGCUCCAAAAUAUACUGCCAAAAUGCUGUAUAAUGGAUUGCUAGAAUUAACAAAAGCUGUAAGAAAAAUGAGGAAAUUCCCUGAUCAGAGGUUGCAGUGGCUACGGAAACAGUAUGUCUGCCUUUAUCAGGAGGAUGGCAGGUUUGAAGGCCCAACCUUGGCUCAGGCUGUUGAACUCUUUGGAGGCAGACGCUGGAGUGCAAGGAACACAAGCACAGGGGCCCUGACCAGAAGCACUGAGAAACCCAGUGUGCAGAGAAACAACACUCUGGGAAUAAGCACAGCCAAGAAAAAGAAGAAAGUACUCAUGAGGGGUGAAAGCGGAGAUGCUACUGAUGAUGAGAUGGCAACUCGUAAGACAAAAAGCUAUAAGGAAUAUCGUAAUAGAAGUGGUUCUGACCCUCAAGACAUUGAUGAACAAGAAGAAUCAGAUCAGAAUAUCGUGAUUAAUGCCUCUGCCUCUAACACUCUGCCAUCUAGAAGAGCUCAUUCUCUGACUGCAUCUGGAUCUCCUAGCGUAGCACCUGGGGCAUCUGCACCAAUCAGACCAGUCUCCUCUCCUGUAAUGUCAUCUUCAAGCAAGAGUCAGGCUAGUACUUGGAGCAGUAGUAGCUGGCAUGGCCGAGUCAAAGGAGGAUUGAAGGGGUUUCAGAACUUUAUGGUUUCCGAUAGUAAUAUGAGUUUUGUUGAGUUUGUAGAGCUCUUCAAGUCUUUCAGUGUUCGAAGCCGCAAGGAUCUUAAAGACCUCUUUGAUGUCUAUGCUGUACCCUGCAAUCGAUCAGGUUCUGAUUCUACUCCACUUUAUACUAAUCUGAAAAUUGAUGAGAACACCAGUGGACUCCAGCCUGAUUUAGAUUUAUUGACCAGGAAUGUAUCAGAUCUGGGUUUGUUCAUUAAUAGUAGACAGCAACUAUCAGAGAACCAGAGACAGAUAUCUGAUGCCAUUGCUGCUGCUAGCAUUGUAACUAAUGGUACUGGAGUAGAAAGCACAUCACUGGGAAUAUUUGGAGUGGGCAUCCAGCAACUCAAUGACUUCUUAGUGAAUUGCCAAGGUGAACACUGCACCUACGAUGAAAUCCUCAGUAUUAUCCAGAAAUUUGAACCCAGCGUCAAUAUGUGCCAGCAGGGACUUCUGUCAUUUGAAGGAUUUGCAAGGUUUUUGAUGGAUAAAGACAAUUUUGCCUCAAAAAAUGACGAGUCACAAGAGAAUAUUGAAGAGUUACAGCUACCGCUGUCAUAUUAUUACAUUGAGUCUUCACACAAUACAUACCUCACAGGCCAUCAGCUUAAAGGAGAAUCGUCAGUAGAGCUUUACAGCCAGGUUCUCUUACAAGGCUGUAGGAGUGUGGAAUUAGACUGCUGGGAUGGUGAUGAUGGGAUGCCUAUCAUUUAUCAUGGACAUACACUCACUACAAAGAUCCCUUUUAAGGAUGUAGCUGAAGCUAUUGAUCGCAGUGCCUUUAUCACCUCUGAUAUGCCAAUCAUCAUAUCUAUAGAGAACCACUGUUCAUUGCCUCAGCAACGCAAGAUGGCUGAAAUUUUUAAGAAUGUAUUUGGAGAUAAGCUGGUAACUAAGUUUUUAUUUGAGAGUGACUUCUCUGAUGAUCCUAUGCUCCCUUCACCGGACCAACUGAGAAGAAAAGUGCUGCUGAAAAACAAAAAACUCAAAGCCCAUCAAACUCCAGUGGAUAUUUUAAAACAGAAGGCUCAUCAGCUGGCAUACAUGCAAGCCCAGGCCAGUAAUGGUGGCAAUGCUGGUAAUCCCAUCACUAAUAAUGAAGAGGAGGAGGAUGAAGAGGAUGAAUAUGACUACGACUAUGAAUCUCUCUCUGAUGAUAAUAUUCUGGAAGACCGACCUGAGACUAAAUCAUCCAGUGAUAAACUGCAAUUUGAAUAUAAUGAAGAAACUGCCAAGAGAAUAAAGAAGACCGAUUGCAUUACUUAUAACAAUAAAGGAAAGGUUUAUGACAUGGAACUGGGUGAAGAAUUUUAUCUUCCACAAAAUAAGAAGGAAAGUAGACAGAUAGCACCAGAGCUCUCAGAUCUUGUCAUCUAUUGCCAAGCUGUGAAAUUCCCUGGCCUGUCAACGCUAAAUCCAUCUGGCUCUAGCAGAGGAAAGGAAAGAAAAAGCAGGAAGUCCAUUUUUGGCAACAAUCCGGGCAGACUAAGCCCUGGGGAGCCAGCAACACUUGCCAAAGCAUCUGGAAAAGGUCCUUUUGAGGGUGCCCGGCAAACCUGGGAAGAACUUUGUUCUCCUCCUUUCAACUCUACAACUUCUCUCAGUUCUAUCAUAAGGACACCUAAAUGUUAUCAUAUCUCUUCACUGAAUGAGAAUGCUGCCAAACGUCUGUGCAGACGGUAUUCUCAGAAACUGAUUGAGCAUACCACCUGUCAGCUAUUGAGAACAUAUCCUGCUGCCACACGCAUUGACUCUUCAAACCCCCAUCCCCUUAUAUUCUGGCUCCAUGGAAUACAGCUUGUGGCAGUUAACUAUCAAACUGAUGAUCUCCCUCUGCAUCUUAAUGCAGCGAUGUUUGAGGCGAAUGGUGGCUGUGGGUGUGUUUUGAAACCCCCUGUUCUGUGGGACAAGAACUGUCCAAUGUACCAGCAAUUUUCUCCAUUAGACCGAGAUCUGUAUAAUAUAGAGCCAGCUAUAUAUUCUUUAACAAUUGUGUCUGGACAAAAUGUUUGUCCUAGCAACAGCACAGGAAGUCCAUGCAUUGAAGUUGAUGUACUUGGGAUGUCUUUGGAUAGCUGCCAUUUCCGCACAAAACCCAUUCAUCGCAAUACUCUCAACCCCAUGUGGAAUGAACAGUUUCUGUACCGGGUUCACUUUGAGGAUCUGGUCUUUCUUAGAUUUGCGGUUGUUGAAAACAACAGCUCAGCUAUAACCGCUCAAAGAAUCAUUCCACUAAAGGCUCUAAAAAGAGGGUAUAGACAUCUCCAGCUACGAAACCAACACAAUGAAGCCUUAGAAAUCUCAAGCUUAUUCAUAAACAGUCGGAGGAUGGAAGAAAAUCCCUCUGGGAAUGUUGUGCCUACUUCUUUGUUGUUUAGCACAGAAGAGAAGAACUUCAAUAUGUACAAGGUCACAAUACAUGGAAUUCCAGGCCCUGAACCCUUUACUGUUUUUACUAUAAGUGAAGGGACUACAGCAGCACAGCUUCUUCAUCAAAUUUUGGCUACCACAAAAAGCACUGAAUCACAUGCUCCAGAUUAUUUUCUGAUGGAGGAAAAAUGUUUUAUAUCUAAAGAAAAGACUGAGUGCAGGAAACCACCAUUCCAGAGGGUGAUUGGCCCUGAGGAAGGGCUAGUACAGCUUUUGAAUAGCUGGUUCCCAGAAGAAGGAUAUGUUGGAAGGAUUAUCUUUAAAACCCAAGAGGAAAAUUUGAAUGGGAGAAACAUUUUUCAAGAAGAGAAAGAAGAUGCAAACAUCAGUUCUGAAGACGAUAGUUUCUUUGUUCAAGUGCAUGAUGUUUCCCCAGAGCAGCCUCGCACUGUCAUCAAAGCUCCCCGCUUUAGCACAGCACAGGAUGUCAUACAACAGACUCUUUGCAAAGCCAAGUAUUCCUACAGCAUUCUGAGUAAUCCCAACCCAAAUGACUAUGUCCUCUUGGAGGAGGUGACAAAAGAGCUAGCGAACAAAAAGUCAACAUCUAAGCCAUCACAGAGAAUUCUCUCUGAUCAAGAGUGUGUGUUUCAGGCUCAGAGCAAGUGGAAGGGAGCAGGGAAGUUUAUCCUUAAACUUAAAGAACAAGUUCACGCAGUACGAGAUGAUAAAAGAAAAGGCAUUUCAUUUGCUAGUGAACUUAAGAAAUUAACUAAGUCAAGUAAACAGUAUCGUGGUUUCACAUCAUCACCUUUGCAGAACUCACCAGACAAUACCCAGACUAAAGAUGAAAAAUCUGCAGGCAGUCUGACAUUUAGUGACAAUAUGGAAUAACAUCCAUAAAUGCCAGCAGUAUGUUCUAUGCAGGUAUGACAUGUGUGCUCCUUGUUUCUAAAUCAGACAUACUCUUUGUUGAUUUUUCAAGGUACAAUUUAUAAUUUUUUUUCAAAAGUGUGCUUGGUAAACCCUAGUGAAGUACAACAAGCAGCCAGAAGUUCAUGAAAACUCUCUAUGCUUUUAGGUUAUAACUCUGUACUGGCACAAACCUAUACACAGGCAGUCCUAAAGAUAAAUGCAAAUCUAAAUGCUGUGAAAAUUGCUAGGAACAUAGGAGUUUUACUUCGCCUACUGUGCCCGCAUCGUCCUAGGGUCCAUCACAGCAGGUAACCUGACAAUGGCCAGUCCUUUUUAGAAAGACUCUAACUUGGCUUCAGCAUACACUGUGACAGUGAGUUCCACAGGUAAUGCAGUGUGCUAACUGGUAUUUCCACACAGGCUCUUAAUUAAGAUAUGCCGUCAUUUUGUGUUAUGGGACAGCUGAACUUUACUAAACAUUAAUUUAUAUGCAUUUAAUAUUAUUCAAUUUAAAAAAUAUGAUCUCUUACUCCUCUCUCCAUACAUAAACUGUUUUUAAAUCUCUAUAUAGAAAUACUUGUGGCAGAGCGUCUAAGAAUUUUAUUGUCCCUUUCUGAAUCUUUUAAAUUUCUUCUAGCUUGCUUGAGCUAAAGUGACAAACCCCAAUGCGGAAUUCAGGAUGACAGUGUACCAUCUAUGUACAUGACAGAUGAGUUCCAGACACAUUACUAUUAGCACUGGGCUUACUCUAACUCCAAAAGAUUUUUUCUGAGAGGUACCAGCUAGUUAAGAUGGAA